GUCGCAACCACCUUAGUCGGCUGGGCCCGGGUGUCGGGUGGUGGCGGCGGCGGGAGGUAGGAAGGUAGGUGGGCCGGGUCGCGCCGCUCCGGUCCCGGCCUUGCCUCCCUGUCCGGUUCCGCCGCGGGCCCACGAUGCCGCAGUUCCAGACCUGGGAGGAGUUCAGUCGCGCGGCCGAGAAGCUCUACCUCGCCGACCCCAUGAAGGCACGUGUGGUUCUCAAAUAUAGGCAUUCUGAUGGGAGUUUGUGUAUUAAAGUAACAGAUGAUUUAGUUUGUCUGGUGUACAGAACAGACCAAGCUCAAGAUGUCAAGAAGAUUGAGAAAUUCCACAGUCAACUGAUGCGACUUAUGGUAGCCAAGGAAUCCCGCAGUGUUGCCAUGGAAACGGACUGACUGGUUUGAGAUGAAGACUGCUUGCCAUGCUCUUAGGAAGUAAAUCUCUUUUGAAUUUGAGGCAGUGUUGGGACAGAAAAUCCUUACUGUAACUGUUCAGAAGCCAAGAGACCAUUUUUUUGUACUUUGCUUCUUAUGUUUACUUUAGAGAGCGAGGAAUGCAAAUGCUUUCAGUUAGAAAGCCUUUAUUUAUUUUUGGAAAUGGAACAAGAAAUGUGUCUAUCUUGGAAACUUUCUGCAGAUUAUUUGAUGCUGGGAAAAAUAUGUAAUUAUUUCUUUCAGUAAGUUUGUAGCAAUAAUUUGAAAAUGAGAUAUCAGGAAAAGCCUAUUCUUCCUUAAGUUUAGUUUAUUUGUCUUUAAAAAAAAUUAAAUGUAACCAUUUUGCUGGGUUGAUCAUUUCUUUUGGGGCAUAACAUUUGUGCAGUUGAUGACCAACAAAUAUAAAAUAUGGUAACUAGAAUUAACUGUGCACAUACUGAUUAUGUACAGUAUAGUGAGUCUCAAUUGUAUCUAAAAGUAAUUAUGAAAACAAGUAUGCUUUAUCUUGAACUUUGCAAAUUUAAACUAUUUUUUCAUACAAGGGAUUAUUAGUAUUAAUAAGCUUGUUGAGCAAACUUUGAAUCUAGUUCUCAGUGCUUAAAACACAUGAACAGAACGGUCACUGAUAGAGGGAAGCCACCACAUUGCAGGGCAUUUGUCACAGAUUUCCCAUGUGGACUUGCUCAGAAGGGCUAAGGAUUAUGUGAACUGUUAUGUUGUUUAACAUAACUGUUGUCAUGUUAAAUCUUAGCAUACCUCUACCAUACCCCUGCCCAUGCCUCUAAUUACUUAACCAAGGGGUUAAACACGACCACCACAACUGUUAGGUUUCCAUUAAGCCAGAAGAAUAUUAUUUGAUAUUUAUCUUAUAUCUGUAACCUGAACUUUACCAAGUAAUGUAAUGUUCAUAUGUUGAUUCCUACAUUAAAAUAUUUUUUGUUAGGAAUUUGUUGUGUUGAGCAGCAUUUUAACAUGGAAAGUACUAUUAGCCAUAUGAAUUUUGACAUGUUUCAAAGAGGUCAGUAAAUAAAAUAUGCGAAUAUA